UUUGAGGGCAUGGGCCCAAGGCCUGCGCAGAAAUCCUGCCUGUCCUUUCCUCCUGGGCCCCUCAGGCUCUAUUAUCAAGCUGUGGCUAACUAGCGUGGGCGCAUUUCCUAAAGUACGAGAUGUCGGGGCUGUCUAGCGCUUGUAGAGCAAGUUAGAAGGGUGUCCUUUUUCCGAUUAAGGAUUAAAGGUCCAGAGCGUCUCCGGGCCAUCCUCUAUCAAGAUGCAAUGGAACUAAAGCUCCUGCCUAGGCAAUCUCGGAGAUGAAGGAAGGAAGACGAGAUGAGGCAAGAAAAAUAGAUCCCUUCCUUCUUGUGGAGAUCCAGCUUCUGAAGAUCUUAAAGAAUACCUGGAUGUUUUGGUCAGGCCUUAGUCAAGUCUGAGGAAACCAAUGAGUUCCUAAGAGCUGCCCAAUUGGUCGACAUAACAAACAAUAAACGAGGCUAACGGUGGUCAACCUUGCCCUCCAGCGACUCCUGUGUGGUCUUUGCCUUUCAUCUGGAGCUUUUAACAUUCAGGCUUGGUUACUGAAGAAGUUGUGCCUGCAGAGGAGGUUCAGGAGACAGCAGUCGGAACUGAGCUGACUUCCGAGCUGGGUCCUGGAAAUUGAAAAAGGAGAUGGGGUGGGGGCCGCUUUGUUACAAGGAGAUCCCCUUCCUGACAGGGUCGAUCCACAUCUAACCUAAAAGGUCCUGCCUAUCCCUUCCUGACCUGAUCCCACACAGGGACAAACGUAGGGGCACUCUGAAGAAACUAGUCUCCGCAGGCACGUUGGCCCAACUGGAAGCAUCACCAGACCUGCCUUCUGUUUACAAAUGGAUACACAGCCCCACUCACCCCCUAGACCCGCCCUUUGGCUUUACAGAUCUAACUCCAUCUCAUGCAAACCCAGCUGCCUUGAAUCUUUAGAGGAGGAGAGUAACGUCUUGAAAAUGUUCAUAUGCCUUAGCUCACUGCCUUUCCCCCCAAGGAUACCGUGGGGCUCUGCUUCAUUUGGACUGAUUCUUUUUACCCUCCAGCCACAUUCACUGAAUGCCGGCCAGGAUCCUCAUUCUGAUCACCUUGCUCCGUGGGUCACCCUAAGCUGCAAUCCCUCAGUUCAUUUUGUAUUCCUGUCCGGGGUUUUCCACUCCUGGACAGUUUGCCGUGGAUGGCCAUCACCAGUCUCUCUAAUUUCUGGGACUCUCUGAAUCUCACUCAUGCCAACCCUACAUGCCAGAUGACCUUUCCUUGAAGGUUCUAGCUUCAUGAGAUCUUCCACCGAAAGUCAAAGGCAACCCAGUCCCAGUUUCUUCAACUCUUCAAUUCAGUUCCAGCCCUGCCAAAGUGAGAGGAAGACCCAGAGGAGAGGUGGAAAUGAAGCCGUUUGGAGCAAUUAGUGAAUCCAUCAGUCCCUCGAGCAAACUACCCUGGUUCUUUCCUCUAAAGUUUUUAUUUCCCCUCCAUCUUUGGAGAACUUGAUUCUCUGGUUCUGUUUUUAAAUUUGAGAGUCAUUUCUCCCCUCUGAAAUCCAAAGAAAACUCCUGGUUUGUGGGGCAGUAUGGAUGAGGAUUUCCUUCCAAGGCUGGGGCAACAGAGAUUUCCAGUCAGAAUAGGAAAGCUUCAGAUACUCCCAAUCUGGGAAAGAAAUCCCCAAACAGACGAAUGUAAACUCUCAUUCCUAAUGUUACAAAGCAUCAUUAACUGUACACUGUAAACUUUGGCCAGACUAAUGACCCUGGGUAGAGGAGGAUCGUUUGGGUCUUUAAUUAACUUUAUGUUGCCUGGCAUUAGAUAAUGAAAGGGAAAAUGAACCAAAUCGAUCUUUUCCAGAAUCUCCCUGAAAGUGUGCAGAUGUGACUUUUAAAGGGAUGUGAUCAGUUCAGCACACUUUAAUGCCACUAGUAAUCAUUUUUUAAAAGUCAGUCGAAUGCCCUUGCCCUUAUGGUAUAUCUUGAUGUGGAUCAGGGCCCAGUGGCACUCUUUACAGAGCAGGCUAGGAAACAGUAUGGGAAAGCAAUGAAAAGAAAUCCAGGCUCCAAGUAACUAGACUGGGAUGAAGAGAAAAUAACGCCAAUCAGAGGGCCCAAUGAAAGUGCCUCAUGGAAAGUUGGGCAAAUGGUUGGGCUCUCUUUUUUACCCCCCAAUCUUGGGGUCUCGAGACCCAGAGGAGACUCCCAGAACCCUCCCUUUCCACAUCUGAAAACCUCAUGUUUUCUUUCCUGCCAAAGAGUAUUAGAAAUAUCUAAUAUUCCAAGUGUUAUCAUAAUACUCUAAAAAAAAAUAGAGUCGGGGGGAUGUAGGCGGUGCUGGAAUGGCCGGCUUUGAAGAACCUGUAACGCAAAGUUUCGUCCAAUCGUUUGAGCCUGUCCUCUUAUUCCCUGUUGUAACUAAAUACUGCUGUAAGACCAGCUGAAGUCCUUUGUUGGAGAUGUGCGAUCGCAGUCUCUACAGAUCCGGGUAUGUGGGGUCUCUUCUGAAUUUGCAAUCUCCAGACUCCUUUUAUUUUUCCAACCUGAGAGCGAAUGGCAGCCAGUUGGCGGCUCUGCCUCCCAUCUCCUACCCCCGAGGCUCUCUGCCCUGGUCGGCGCCCAGCUCUUGCGCUGCUCAACCUCCAGGCCACGCUGCCUUCGGCGGCUAUACCCAGCCUUACCUUCCAGGCUCAGUGGCCCUCAACCUCCACCCCUCGGGCAGCAAGGAAGGCCCAGAAGAACAAGGCAAAUACUAUGGUUCCGAUUCUGGCUCGAGGCCCGAAGAGCGCAGCCGUCCCAGGCCGACUUUCACCAAUGAGCCAAGCCUGGCUCCGGGCGUUGGCCUUAAGCCGGCCAAGUACGACUACUCAGGCAUGGCGCGGAGCGUGCACGGGUCAGCGGCUCUUUUGGAAGGGAAUCCCUGUGCCGCAAGCUUCAAGGACGACGCCAAGGGCUCGCUCAACUUGAACGUGACAGUGCAGGCGGCCAGCGUAGCCUCCUGCCUCCGACCUUCACCACCCGACGGAUUGCCCUGGGGGGCGGCCCAGGGGAGAGCCCGCAAGAAACGGAAGCCCUACACAAAGCAGCAGAUCGCAGAACUAGAAAACGAAUUUCUUCUCAACGAGUUCAUCAAUCGUCAGAAACGGAAAGAGUUGUCCAAUAGACUGAACCUGAGCGAUCAACAGGUCAAAAUCUGGUUCCAGAACCGGCGGAUGAAGAAGAAAAGAGUGGUGCUGAGAGAACAGGCACUCACUCUCUACUAGCUAGCUCUAAUUGCCUCGCUCCCACGGACUUGGCCUGGGUUGGGCACAUUUCACCUCAGAGUCCCGAUGGGGGUGGGGGUGGGAAGAAAGGGGGGAAUAGAAUUUUUUUGUUUCACCUCUUUCUCUCGCCCUCUCCUCGAAUGAGUGUAAAGGAUUCGCUUCAUGCUCAAUUCUCUACUACUAGGAGUCUGGCGGGUCUUGGCCUGGUCCAACCUUGGCCUUUCCCUUCUUUGCUUUAACCCCAAAUAGCUGUGCUGUAGGGCUGCUCGAGAUAGAACGUGAAAAGGGAGAAACUGGUCCACCUUCGAUCGGAGGCUGGCACAGAAAUGAGAGAACCGUAAUCUAGAGAAACCACGGGCUUGGGAAUUUCUACCCGGAACCUGCCUUUGAGUUAGUUCCCUUGUUCUUAUGCAGCCUCCCUCCCUCCCCUUUUCCCACCUGGCAGCAGAUGGUGUCAUAGUUGAACAUAUGAAAACCAACGAAGAAAGCCUUUCUCCUCACGAGAAAAAGCUCCUUGUAAGAUCCUAGCCCUCCCGAGAGCUCGAGACCCCUGCUGGGGUAAAAAGAGGAGAGUGAGCUGAACAUAUGAAUUAUUAGCAGAUUCGGUCGGCUCUCGAAACUCCAGUUUCUGUUCCCAGCUACCUCGGAUCCGACCCAGCCCAGUUAGUGAGACAAAAGCUUUCCCUUAUUCUAGGGGCAGCAGGACAGAGGCGGGUCUGAAGGGAGUGGGGGAGGGAUCAGGAGGAAGAGCCAAGGGCGGGGUGUGUAGGGGUGGGUGGGAAGGAGCAAACAAAACACCUGAAAGAUUUAAGGAAUCUCUAAAUUAUUUUCUUGCUCCCUUUAGGUUUGUGUUUGUGUAUGUAGGUGUGGUUCUUGGGGGUAAAAAGUAGGAAACCCGUAGGCUACUAGCCUACUUCUAGAGAGUGUGGGCCUGGGGCUGUGAAAAUUAGCUUCAAUCUUCAGUCUCUUCUGGCUAGAGACCUACUCCCUUGCUUUGUCCCGAACCUCAAGGGAUCCAAGCCCACAAGUCAAGCAAAGUCGUCUAGCCUCUUUAUGAGCUCCAUUCCAGGGCACCGUUUCUCUGUUCCAUUCCUAGGGAGGCAGAAUAUUUGUCUUAACUGUAAAUAUGGUUUUCCAGUCGCAGUAGGGAAAGAUGUAAUCCUUUUAAAGUCACUCUAAUGGGAUACUACAAGGAAGAAAUUGGGCCUCUCCAAUCUGGGAGAUGGAAACAAGGUCACUGAGGCAUCUAGCUGGACUCGAAGUAAGAUCUCAGUUACCCACCCACUUAUUCUUUCCUAGUUAGAGUCCUCUUAUCAUAGACCCCAUGAAAGAUAGAUGCUCCAUGCCCAGGUUAACUCUCACUCCCACUAUUCCACUCUCCCCAAACCAAUUAAGCAGCCUACUCUUGGGCCCUAAGCCUUUCUCUCUCUUCUGUUCUCUUCCUCUUUGGGGAAUCUCUUGCUCUUUGUGUCUUAUAACUCUUAUUCUCAUAGUUCUUUCUCUUCUAGGAGAAAGACUUUCUUCAUUAGUUUCCUUGAUAAUAUGAACAGUCAAAUGUUUCUCUUACCCUAUGUCCUUUCCCAGUUCACUUCUGUUUCUAUGCCUUAGCAAGUUUGGGCCCAAGAGCUAGAGAAAAUCACUUCCAUUCCUAUGCCUCCUCUUUUUUUUCCCUUGCCUCCCAAACUCUCUUUCCUCCAACUGGGAGAAAGAAAAAUAUCUGAUGGAGUGUAGGGAAUUCGUUCCAAUAGUCCAGUGAUUUCUUUUCAAUGUGUGGUUCAGCUGCUUAAAUGGGGAUUGCUAACCUCAAACACACUGAGACCCGGUGAUAACGCUCUGAAAUCUGUGAAUAACCUCAGCUGCCUAAGUAGAAUAGUUUAAUUUGUUUUGGCUAUCUAGUAGUGGUUUUGCAUGUUUUUGUAACGGAAACAAUAGCUUGUAUUUAACCGGAAGAAUAAAAAAACGUUUCCAGUGGAAAUAAAUACAUGGCGCCAACUGGAGCCCCUCACGGA